CUUAUCUAUUAAGUAGCGUGUGAAUGCAACAAUAAACACCGGAGCUCUUUUAUCGAGAUGUCGUACCAAGGAUACCAGCAGCUACUUGUGGAGCAGCAGGGCAAGCUGCUCGUGGUGAAGUUCAACAACUCGAAAAAGAAGGACUGGAUCAACAGGUUCACCUACCAGGAGAUGACCCGGGUUCUGACCAAGGUCAACGAGGACGAGGGCGUAAACCUAGUGGUUUUCACCGGCGUGGGGGAUAUUUUUACGGCCGGAAAUGACUUGACUCAAUCUGCCCAGAGUGAUGAUAUCGAUGUCUUCUUCAAACAGUCUAAUGCGGCUUUUAAGGCCAUGGUUCUGAGUUUUGUGAACUGUAAGAAGAUAGUGUUUGCUUUGGUCAACGGACCGGCAAUCGGAAUUGGAGCCACCAUUGUGGGAUUGAGCGAUGUGGCCUGGUGCUCCGAAACGGCCUACUUCCACACCCCAUUCACCAAGUUGGGUCUCGUGCCAGAAGGUGGUUCCUCCUAUACAGGGCCAUCGAGAGCCACACCGGGCCCCGAGACACGAGACAUUCUUCGAUUCUUAUUUCAACUAUACAGUUUACAUCAGAAGACAACAUUUUAUAAUUUUCUUUUUCAAUUUUUCUUAACAUCAAAAUUUUCGAAACAAAUUUCUCGGUUCUGGGCCCCUGACCAAUGCGGGCCCCAGGAGAAUGGCCCGGCGGUCCCCGCCUCUCAUCGGGCCUUCUCCUAUAUGCUGCCCCUAAUCCUGGGCCGUUCUAAGGCCUCGGAAAUCCUGCUCCUAAAUGAACGCCUCUCUGCCCAGGAGGCCUAUCAAUUCAACUUUGUUUCCCGUGUCUUCAAGACCAGCGAACUGGAUUCCGUCAUCUGGCCAAAAUUGCGUCAGUACUCCGAGUUACCCACAAACUCUUUGCUGCAAGGAAAACGCCUCAUCAAGGAGGGAUUCCUGAAGAAUAUCCUGGAAGACAACGAAGCCGGGUUUAAGCAAUUACUACUAGAGCUCCAACAUUCGGAAUUCUUCCAGGCCAUCACGGGUUUCAGUAGCCGCAAUGCCAAGUCCAAGUUGUAAAUUAAAGUGGCAUAAUUCCUUAA